CCACCAUCUACACGAACAUCUACACCACUACCACCAUCUACACCACCAACACUAUCUACACCACCACCACCAUCUACACAACCACCACUACCAUCUACAUCACCACCACCAUCUACACCUCCACCACCACCACCACUAUCUACACCACCACUAUCUACAACACCACCACCAUCUAUACCUCCACCACCACCACUAUCUACACCACCACCAUCUACACCUCCACCACCACCACCACUAUCUGCACCACCACCACUAUCUACACCACCACUAUCUACAACACCACCACCAUCUAUACCUCCACCACCACCACCAUCUACACCACCACAAUCUACACCACCAAUAUCUACACCACCACCAUCUACACCACCAUCUACACCACCAUCACCACCAUCUACAUCACCACCAUCUACACCACCACUAUCUACACCACCACCAUAUACACCACCACCAUCUACACCACCACAAACAUCUACACCACCAUCUACACCACCACCAUCUACACCACCACCAUCUACACCACCAUCUACACCACCACCAUCUACACCACCACCAUCUACACCACCACUAUCUACACCACCACCAUCUACACCACCACCAUCUACAUCACCAUCACCACCAUCUACACCACCACUAUCUACACCACCAAUAUCUACACCACCACCAUCUACACCACCACUAUCUACACCACCAUCACCACCAUCUACAUCACCACCACUAUCUACACCACCACCACCUCCACCAUCUACACCACCACCAUUCAACACCAACACCAUCUUCAACACCAUCUACACCACCACCACCAAAAUAUACAUCUACACCACCGCCAUCUACACCACCACAAUCUACACCACCAUCUACAAUGCCACCACCAUCUACACCACCACUAUCUUCACCACCAUCUACACCACCACCACCACCAUCUACACCACCACCAGUACCAUCUACACCACCACCAUCUACACCAUCUACACCACCACCACCUUCUUCUCCACCACCACAUCUACAAUGCCACCACCAUCUACACCACCACCACCAGCAUCUACACCACCACCACAAUUUACACCACCACCACCUACACCACCAUCUACACCAUACCAUCUGCACCAUCUACACCACCACCACCUUCUUCACCGCCACCAGUGCCAUCUACACCACCACCAUUUACACCAUCUACACAACCACCACCUUGUCCACCACCACAUCUACACCACCACCAUCUACAUCACAAUCUACACCUCCAUCUUCAACGCCACCACAAUCUACAACGCCAACACCAUCUACACCACCAUCAUAAUUUACACCACCAUCUACACCAUCACCACCACCACCAGCAUCUACACCACCACCACAAUUUAUACCACCACCACCACCAGCAUCUACACCACCACCAUCUACACCACCACCACAAUUUACACCACCACCACCAUCUACACCACUACCAUCUACACCACCACACCCACUGCUUAG